AUGGGCGAGCCACAAUGGGUCCAGUUCUCCGCGCAGCGCCCAAAGAGGAAGAGGGCAGAAUUGGCCUGUGAGUUAUGUCACUCCAAAAAGAUCAGAUGUGAUCUUCAAGCGCGAAGUACACAAGGCCACAACAACUGCACCCACUGUCUCUCUUCCGGGAAAGAUUGCAGGCCGCGCACAUCGAAGCGUGACAAGGCACGCCAGGUUGCAGACGAUCGCCUGCUCAAUCCUUUGACUCCUCCUGGCGACAUUGACAGCCACAAUUUUGACACCAACGCCUUUCAGAGCGAACCCGUCGGGACAGACCUUGAUAUCGAAAUCCCUCCGGCAUUGACUCAUCUAAGUAGUGUCAACAUCUACCAGCCAAGCCUGCCGGUAGCAUGCGUCAACCCGCCUGCUACUGAAAGCCCGCAACAGGCCUUUGAAAGAGCCUCAGUCGUCUCCAACGAUACGUCGCAGAACUGGAGAGCUUCUGAAAGCGGAACCAACCGUUAUGUGGUCGAUCCAGGAUUUUUGCAGGUUUAUGGCCCCGAGAACGCUGACGAUGCUCGAAAUCAAUCCAUCCUUGCUAGGAAGGCUCCAAAUUUCUUGGACGAAUCUCAACCGGACCUGCAGCAGAGCUUUGUGGAAACCUAUUUUGAAUACUGCUAUACUUGGUGCCCUGUGCUGGACAGAUCCAGUCUGAGUGCCGAUCUCGCAAGAUCGCCCUUGCUUGCGAAUGCGCUUGCACUCGUUGGCACCCAUAUCCAACCUCCUAUGCUACCCCAUGCUGGCCCUGCGUACUAUUACGACCGUGCACGCAUGAGGUUCUACGAUGACGAAGAGCCUGAUCUCAUUACUUGCCUCAAAGCCGUUUCACUAUUCUACUGGUGGUCUCCCCGGCCCCCUUCGGUUGUGCACAGGCAUUCUUCUUGGUGGUGGGUGUCGGUCGUGAUCAAGCACUGCCAACAAGCCGGUUAUCAUCGGGAGUCUGAAACAGAUCUCGCCGUGCCCGAAGUAGACCUUGGGCUAAGAAGGAGGAUCUGGUGGACCGCCUUUGCACGCGAAAGGUUGACGGCGAUAUGUCAGGGCAAGCCCUGCGUCAUCGAUCCUGACGACUGCAAUAUCCCUGAGCCUACGCUAGCAGAUUUCUCCGAAUCGGAGGACGGAGGCAAGGCUGAGGUCUUCAUAUACUGGGUACGACUGUGCGCCAUCAUUGGGCGGAUAGCCAAAUAUCUGUCAAGAUCGUCAAAUGAUGCUUCGUCUUCCUUCCCUGUUCACCACGGCAGGGAAUUGAUCAACUGGGUCCGGUCGUUACCACCGCAUCUGCAACUGCCCAUUAAUUCAAACCACACGACCAACUUUAAUCGGGAUGUUCACUUGUUACAUUUGCCCUAUCUAACAAUCAUCAUUGUCCUCCACCUCAAACGAACAUCUUCCCAAUCGCUCCCACAAGCAUUGCCGCCGGCAACCUUGGCUGCAACUUGCUUGGCCAGAAUCCUUAAGGAUGUGCUGGUAAGAAGUGGAACGAGGUACCUAAUGGGAAUUACUUGUUGGUAUUGUGGCAUGGCAUUUAUCGCACUUUUGCAAGCCUCACAAACUGAGCAUCUCAGACUCGGUGCAGACGCUGAUUUGGACAUCCUUACCCUUGCAGUCAAGCAGCUGAAGUCCAUGUGGGCGACCGCAAAUGUCUUCGAGCAGGGCUUCGAGCGACUGCGCGGGAAAAGAAAAUCUCCUUCAACAUCGUCUGAAGGCCCCGGCCUCGCAGAUUUAACUGGAGACCGGGUGAACGAUCCACAAUUAAGUACAAAAGAGGUCGACAUGCAUGAUGGCAUUGACUGGAUGGACUAUUUCCCGUUCGUGACUGCCCAGACCAGCGUUGUGGCCAACCAGAUUCUUGCGCAGCAAAACGCGAACCUGUUCUCCUUCGACAACUUCGGUGACACUUCAUUGUCGCACUUCCAAGAUCUGUUCGAAGGCCUUGACAGUUGGACGGACCCUAAGCUCUUCGUAUGA